GUGGAUAAAAUGGUCUAUGAUAACAUAAUAUUAAGGGAGGGAGCGAAAGAGUGGAAAAGAGAGAGGGGGGGAGAGAGACUGAGAGGGGAAAUCCUUAUUUUAAUUAAUAUUUACCCAUAGGCCAUGUGACGUGACAUGUGUCACGUGAUAAUGAUAAACAACUUUACGCAAUCCGCUGUUUUCGCUUAUUCUGACUGCGACGAAUACAAAUUUGUGACAUCAAAAUGCCAAUUUCAAGCAAUGCACGACUACUUGGGAAGACUUUGCGGCCUCUACUGGCAACAAAGUUAGUUCAACCGGUUCCUGCAUCAGCCUCGUAUCAUAAAAAUGUGAUAGAUCACUACGAGAACCCAAGGAAUGUUGGAGCAAUGGACAAGAAUGACAAGAAUGUUGGCACAGGGUUGGUUGGUGCACCAGCAUGUGGUGACGUCAUGAAACUACAGAUCAAAGUUGGUGAUGAUGGAAAGAUAGUAGAUGCCAAGUUCAAGACAUUUGGUUGUGGGUCAGCAAUAGCAUCAAGUUCAUUAGCCACUGAGUGGAUCAAAGGAAGAUCGGUCGAUGAGGCAAAGAAUAUCAAGAACACAGACAUCGCCAAAGAGUUGAGUCUUCCUCCAGUCAAGUUACAUUGUUCAAUGCUGGCAGAGGAUGCCAUCAAGGCGGCGCUCCAGGACUACAGGGUGAAGCAGGAUCCCAAGGAAGCAGCAGAGAAUGCAUAGAAACUGUUUUUAUGUUAUCAUUAUUAAUAAUCCUUCAUUAUAUUUUGUGUGUAUUUUAUUUUUAUGCAAUGAAAGCAGUCCACUUUUUCAGUUUGCAGGAAAACUGGCAUUACCAUAGAUUACAAAACGCACAGGAUGGUGUAAUAGAAAAUUAAGAACUCACAUGUAAUAUCAUUUAAAACUGUUACACUUGAUUCAUGUUUUGCCAGUUACAUGCACAUGCCCAGUUGUACACAAGUCUAUAACUGAUUGUACAUUAUCUUUUCUGUUACACGGCAAAGCUUUACAGGGCAUACGUGUAGUUCUACUAUAGAAUGUUCACACAAUUCCACUAAAAAUUUCCCAAAUUUUGCAAGGAAUUCUCGCCACUUUUAAGUCAAUAAUGAUGUCAGUUUUUAUAUGGAGGAAAAAAUGACAACCAUAAUAGCCUCCUCCAUUUAUGUGAACCAUAGUGGACAAUUUUCUAGUAAAUAGUGGGAAAUUAUGGUACAUUAUGGUAAAUGUUUGGUCAAAAGCUGAGCAAUACUACAGUACCAGAUUAUUCUGAGUAUUGUAUGAGUUCAUACGAAUUUUUUCUUUUUGGGAGAACUCUGUCAUGCUAUUAUUAUUUCUCUCUUUUUUUAUGGAAUGUUCUGAAUAACAGUGAUGCUCAGGUUUCUGAGUAAUUUGAAAAAGAAAAUAAAUCAAAGUCAAAGAUUGGAUGCCUCGUUUUCUGUUCCUAUGAAAUAAAAAGUGUGUUUACUAUUUUUGAAUAACUGUAGACUUGAAUAAGCAUGUUAUUGGCUAAGUGGUAUUCUUGGUAGACAAAAGUUUAGUGCAAUGAAAUAUAUUGUCAGUGUAGACUUACAAGGUUAAGUACAUGUAUGCUCUUUGAUAAAAUUCUGAUACUCAUUGGUAAUGACUAAUCAUAUCUAGACAGGCUUGUUGCAAAAUUGUGAUGCAUUUUCACAUUCUGUUGCAUCUUUUAGUGAUAUUAAUAAAAUUUGAAGCACUUUCCCCUUUUCAGAUUAUUGUAGAAUUGUUUGUUGUUACCAAAAUGUGAAGUGGUUUCAUGUUCAAGAACCAUGAACAUUUGUUGCCGAGGGAAAUACAUGUAUAGUACAACACAAUUGAUACUUUCUUUGUUGGCUGAAUGAAUUUUAGCUGCAAACGAGGAUGUUUGGUUAAUACAGUGUACUUUCUUUACUAAACCUGGGUGAAACUCAUUAAUUGUACAAGCCCUCUCUUUGAUGCACCUUUUCUUUAUUUUUAUCUAUUUUUCAUUAACUACUGCCCAUUUUGUUUUGAGGACAGUCCUAUUCUGGACUUUUUGCAUUUACUACGGGAAAACUCUACAACGCACCAAUUCCUUUAAAAAUGCAAUUAAAAUCACAAUGGAAAGCUGAGAGGCUUUUGUCGAUAUUGGUGGAACAGGACAGCAUCUGAAUCUCUUGCCUCUUGACAAUGACAUAUUUGCAGUUGUUUGUCUGGGGCAAAUCUUGGGAUGAUCUGCUGUCCCAGUCCACCAACUUUCGACAAAAGCCUCUCAGCUCUCCAUUGUGAUUUUAAUUGCAUUUUCAAAGGAAUAGAUGCACUGUAGUUUCCCCAUAGGAAAUGCGAAAAAUACCUAAUACACACCUACAAACUUCAUUCAGAUGAAUGAGUAUCAUUCAGAAUAAAUUGUUAUUGAAAUGCAUGUAUCAUCCAACUCCACAUGGAGUGUUUCUUAUAACCUGCAUGUACAAUGGUGUGGGGGUCUCCAAUUUUCAGUGAAUUAGUGACCUAUAUGGAUGGCUAUCAUAAUUCAUGUAUGGCUUGCUUGUUUCUGCACAAACAUUGUCGGGUUCAAACUCUGAGAUUAUUAUUUGCUUUUGGGUGUUAUCUCGAUGUUCAUGUAUAUAAAUAAAGUAAGAAAUAUAUUAA